AUUUACCAAAGGGAAAUGUUCAAAUUUGCUCGCAGGAUUCCAGCCUUAGCAACUUCAACGAGGAAAGAUAUGUUUGGAAAGCAGUUUAGGCGAAAUUCUCAGGUUUAUUUCACAAAUUGCAAGCCAUUUUCUACAAAAAAUGGAGACAAGAAGAAAAAGUUGCUAAAAAUAAAUCAGAAAGAAAAGGAAGAGGCUGAAAUUUCUAGUGUCAGGGCUGCCCUUUUGCGUAAGAAGAAUAAACUUGGAUCUACAAACACCGAGCCUGCAUCCCCCACUAAAGAUCAAGAAGCUGCUUCAGCAGCUGAGCAAACCCCAGAGGGUAAUGAGGUAGAGAUGCAUGGUCUUCUCCCUGUGCAUGAGAUGUACACUAUUAAGUUCAAUAGUCCGAUACUUCCUUACUCUAAGUUCCCUCUGACCCAGAACAAGUACAUUCAGCAGUUCUUCAAGAGGUACUCGAAAGAUAAAGAUUCUGUAGAGAAGUUGAUCGGGGUUCACUUCUUAGGCAACAAGAACUUAAAUGCAAAGGAUGCAAUUGGAAUUGAGAUCGAACUGGACAGAGGUUCCAGCAACAUGAAUGUAGUCGAAUCUAAGUCAUUUAAACGCUUCAAAAUUAUCAGCUAUAAUGCUGCAACCAACUUCGUAAAGGCAGUUGAGUACACUGACAGACUUUACAGAACCAGGAACGCUGAGGGAGAGAAAAUUGAAAUGACGCUGCAACAAAUCUUUGAGACCCAGGAUUGCCCGGACAAACCUCAUUUCGAAGACCUGAUUAACUCAGAGAUCGCUGAUUUGAAGAACACUUGGUUCCAAUUCAACAAGAGGAUGAACUCAGCAUUGAUGAUGCUUCCUUCUGAGAUGAUCAACACGUAUGAUAUGGUUGUGAAGACUCUACCGGUGCCAAAUUUUGAAUAUCACAGAUAUAGGAAGGAUAUGACCCUGUUCGAGAUGUUCAAUCAGAUCACCUGCAAGAUGGCUCACUACUACUUCUCUAUGUUCCAAGCCUUGUUUUCAAAGGACCAGAAGGGCUUGAAGAAGCAGAUGAAGGAGUUCCUCGAAGAGACUGACCCAAUGAUGAGGUCUAAGAAGGUCACCUACCUGUUUGACGAGUUUACACACCUGCUCGACCAGAAGUGCUACUACAUCCAGAAGACAGCAGAAGAGUUCAAGGAAAGGUCUAAGCAAGCCAUGCUUGAGAGUGCAUUCCAGAAAGUCCUCGAGAACAAUAAGACUAAUGAGAAGGACAAGUUCCAGAAGAUGCUUGAUGAUACCAAGGAAAUGCCUGAUAGGAUUAGGAAGAUUAUCCAGGAAGAAAUCAAAGCUCUCGAAUCUAGGUCUGGAGAUAUGGAUUCGGCACGAAAAAUUGCCUUCCUCAAACAUGUUUUCAGACUUCCUUGGGAUAGAAGAGUUGAAGCGUACUGGGACGUUCAGUAUUCGAGAGAGAUUCUUGAGAAAACUCAUUAUGGGAUGGUUGAAACCAAGGAAAGAAUCUUAGAGUUUAUUGCGAAGAACAAGAGGAUAAACUCUAAAAAGGGCAUGGUCCUACUUCUUACAGGCCCUCCUGGGGUCGGAAAGACCUCUAUAGCUAAUAGUAUUGGAGACUGUCUGAAAAGACCAACUGCUGUGCUAUCCAUGUCAGGUCAAAGCGAUCCUUCACAUAUUAAGGGUAGCAAGAGGACCUAUGUAGAUUCCCAACCAGGUAUUUUUAUAAAGGAACUUCAGAGGCUUGAGGUCAGGAACCCCGUGUUGAUCAUCGAUGAGAUUGAUAAAAUUGGAUUCAAUAAUAUCAGGGGAGACCCUUCAUCAACAUUGUUGGAGUUAUUAAAUCCAGAGCAGGCAAACACCUUCAGUGACAAUUACCUAGACUUUGAGUUUGAUUUCUCAGAGUGUAUAUUUAUAUGCACCUCUAAUUCAACAAGGAACAUGUUGCAGCCACUUCUCGACAGGAUCGAGGUGAUUGAGGUACCUCCGUACCUUCCCACUGAAAAGUUAUCCAUAGCUAAGAAAUAUCUGAUCCCUGGCUUCUGAGAGGAAUAUGGAUUUCAAGAAGGAAAGGAAGAGAUCUCUUUCACAAAUGCCUCUAUUGCAAAGAUGAUCAAAGAUUACUGCGGUUACGAAGCCGGCGUCAGGAACCUUCGCAAAUGAAUCGACCGUGUCUUUAGAAAAGUAGUUGCCAAGAUUGAUGAGAGAGACAGUAAGAUUGAGCAAGAGAGCCAAAAGAAAUCCAAGCUUCAGAAGCACACAGAGAAUGAAGAAGCUGCGGACAUCAAUCAAACAGCAAUGCUGGAUGAUGAGACUGAGGCCGCUCAUUACCAGGUUAAUUCUGAAAACUUGGACAAGUUCUUAGACUUAUCAAUGAAUGAUGAUUAUUACUACCAGAAUAUCAAUAAGACCCUACCAGUUGGUUGCGCCAACGGACUGGCUUAUAUUGAUUCAGGCUACGGAUCAGUCCUCAAGAUACAGUUCGUCAAAAAGUUCUCCCUCAAAAAGAAGGAUGAGGAUGACUCGAUCGAAUUUGUAGUCAGCCAGACAGGCCGACUUGGAGAAGUCAUGAAGGAGUCCCUAGAUGUCGUUCAAGUUGCAACUCUGAACUAUCUUGGUGAAGAAAUAGAAGGCAAAAAUGAGUUCCACUUGCAUGUCCCUCAAGGGGCCAUCCCGAAGGAUGGCCCCAGUGCUGGAGUUGCACUAUUCUGCUCAUUGACUUCUAUUAUCCGAAACAAGCCAUUGAAGCCGAACUUGGCCAUGACAGGGGAGAUCACUACUCUCGGAGAGGUAGUGGCUAUCGGUGGUGUUCGUGAGAAGUUAACUGCUUGCAAAAACCAUAAUAUUACUCAAGUGAUGCUACCUUUUAGCAACAAGAAAGAUUUUGAAAAACUCCCAGAUGAUUUCAAGGAAGGAUUUGAAAUCUUCUUUGUCAAAGACAUCGAUGAAGCCUACCGUGUUGCCUUCACAGAUGACGUGGAAGGUAUCGAUUUCCAGGCUUAUGAGAAGGAUGAGAAAGUAGAACAAAUCUUUUCAAAGGAAGAAAUGAUGGAGAAUAACAGGCUAGAUCCUCUUGUUUAAAGCUUUAAAGUAGAAUUUACGCCC